CGUACUUUCCCUAGGAGCGGCAAGCAGGUGGGUGUGGCGGGGCCUCUGCAAUCCCAGCAUUCCUUUCGUGCCGCCAUCAAUAUGGCGGCGCCCAUCUUUCGGUCCUUUUCCUGGGGCCGUUGGUCUGGUACCCUAAAUCUCUCAGUAUUCUUGCCCUUGGGGCUGCGUAAGGCCCACUCGGGCCCUCAGGGGUUACUGGCAGCGCAGAAGGCUCGAGGUCUGUUCAAGAACUUCUUCCCGGAGACGGGGACGAAAAUAGAACUCCCAGAGCUCUUCGACCGUGGCACGGCGAGUUUUCCCCAAACCAUUUACUGUGGCUUCGACCCCACGGCAGACUCACUUCAUGUGGGCCAUCUUCUUGCGCUGCUGGGCCUGUUUCAUUUGCAGCGAGCGGGCCACAACGUGAUCGCGCUGGUGGGAGGCGCCACGGCGCGCCUGGGAGACCCGAGCGGCCGUACCAAGGAACGCGAGGCGCUGGAGACAGAGCGCGUGCGAGCCAACGCGCGCGCCCUGCGCCUAGGGCUUGAGGCUCUGGCGGCUAAUCACCAGCAGCUUUUCACUGAUGGGCGCUCCUGGGGCAGCUUCACUGUGCUGGACAACUCGGCCUGGUACCAGAAGCAGCACCUGGUGGACUUUCUGGCGGCAGUUGGGGGUCACUUCCGCAUGGGGACGCUGCUGAGCCGGCAGAGCGUGCAGCUGCGGCUCAAGAGCGCGGAGGGCAUGAGCUUGGCCGAAUUCUUUUACCAGGUGCUCCAGGCCUAUGACUUCUAUUACCUCUUCCAGCGUUAUGGAUGCAGGGUCCAGCUGGGCGGAUCUGAUCAACUAGGCAACAUUAUGUCCGGAUAUGAGUUCAUCAACAAGUUGACUGGAGAAGAUGUAUUUGGAAUCACCGUUCCUCUAAUUACAAGUACAACUGGAGCAAAGCUGGGAAAGUCUGCUGGCAACGCUGUUUGGCUAAACAGAGAUAAGACAUCUCCAUUUGAAUUGUAUCAAUUCUUUGUCAGGCAACCAGACGAUUCAGUGGAAAGGUACCUGAAGCUGUUCACUUUCCUGCCCCUUCCAGAGAUUGAUCAUAUCAUGCAGCUGCAUGUCAAAGAGCCAGAAAGGCGGGGUGCUCAGAAACGACUGGCAGCAGAAGUAACAAAGCUUGUUCAUGGACGAGAAGGAUUGGAUUCUGCUAAAAGGUGUACACAAGCCCUUUAUCACAGUAGCAUAGAUGCACUGGAGGUCAUGUCUGAUCAGGAGUUAAAAGAGUUGUUUAAAGAAGCUCCGUUUUCUGAACUUUUUCUCGAUCCUGGAACAAGUGUCCUAGAUACCUGCCGCAAAGCAAAUGCCAUUCCUGAUGGUCCCCGAGGGUAUCGAAUGAUAACAGAAGGCGGAGUCAGCAUCAAUCACCGACAAGUAACAAAUCCUGAGAGUGUUUUAGUUGUUGGACAACAUAUUCUCAAGAAUGGACUUUCCUUACUUAAAAUAGGAAAAAGAAACUUCUACAUUAUAAAAUGGCUUCAGUUAUGAUGAAAAGUCCUUCAUGUUGUCCAAAUAAACUUAACCAUCCUUCAUUCUCAAGACCUCUGAAGGGCUGGCUGCAGAACUGAGACCUUUGCUUAUGCAAAUCAGAAAAAUAGAACGGCCUAGGACUCAGUGUGAGUAACUUCAUUAUUUUUAUGGGCUGGUUAAUAAAUAUUUGUUUAAUGAUG